UUGCAACACUCCAUCACUCUAUUGACCACUGCUGGUUUCUCGGGAUUAAGCCCUUUAUCGCAUAAUAUCUAACUAUCAGACAUCUCUGUAUUUAUAUUCCAUAUUCGUAUCAAUAUUCAGCCACAAAUCCACUACCAUGGCAGACCAUGCAGAUGCCCCCAACACGAACAAGGCUUUCGUGCCUCUUGAAAAUAACCCUGAAGUGAUGACCCACCUUAUCCACCAACUUGGUCUUCCCCCAACCAUCGGCUUCACAGACGUCUUCUCGAUCGACGAGCCCGACCUCAUAGCCUUCGUCCCCCGUCCCUCCCACGCCCUCCUCCUCGUUUUCCCCGUCUCCCCUACCUACGAAUCCUCCCGCGUGAAAGAAGACAGUACCCUCUCCGAAUACACAGGCUCCGGCCCCUCCGAGCCCGUCAUGUGGUUCAAACAAACCAUCCGAAACGCAUGCGGACUCAUCGGCCUCCUCCAUGCCGUUUCCAACGGCGAGCCCCGCAAAAAUGUCCUCCCCGGUUCAGAUCUCGAUACACUCCUCUGCGAAGCCGAGCCUCUUGCUCCCAUCCAGCGCGCAGAUCUGCUAUACGAGAGCAAGGCGCUCGAGAGUGCCCAUGCAGAUGCAGCGAAGUUGGGUGAUACCGCGGCGCCGCAGGCAGAAGACAAUGUGGACUUGCAUUUUGUGGCGUUUGUAAAGGGACUAGAUGGGCGGUUGUGGGAGUUGGAUGGACGAAGGAAGGGACCGUUGGACAGAGGACAAUUGGCCGAAGAUGAGGAUGCGUUGAGUGAGAAGGCCCUCGGUCUGGGUGUGAGGAGGUUCUUGCAGACUGAGAGUGCCGGUGGGAACCCGGAUUUACGGUUCAGCCUUCUUAGUUUGGGCCCUUUGUUUGACUAAUCUCGUCUUUUCUUGUGACUGGCCAUUUCUUCCACUGUACGACAUUUGGUCUUUGGUGCGGUCUAUAAAUGUGAUAUAUCGCUGCUUGGUCAUAUUAAUUGCAACACGCCUGAGCCUAGGGAGUCGGAGUUAAAACAUCCAUCAGAUAGAUAUGGCGUUUGGGCUAUAUAGUUGAAAUUGCAACUUCAAUUCGUCUUGAGUGACUAGAGAUGCUGCAGGCUUUCCGUGUUCACACUUCUCUUUACAUAUGAUAACAUCUCCGGAAAAGACC